AUGAUGUUGAAAAUCGUUGUUGGGCUUCUUAGUGCCCUCUCUGUCUGCAAUGCCUUCCAACUUGGCAAGCCAGAGUUGCGAUCUCAAACUCGAAUGGCUUCCUCGCUUUACAUGCCUUCCAUGAUGCCGGAUGAGCCAAGUGAGGAUCCAAAGCCAGCUCCACCACCGCCACGAAGGAGACCUCCUCUUCCAACUGUCACUGGGGAAUCCGGUCAAUUGGAUGUUGUUUCUAGAUUGCUCAAGGAUCGUAUUUUGUUGUUGGGAACUGAUGUCAAUGAUGAAAUGGCAAACGUUUUGGUGGCUCAAUUGUUGUUUUUGGCGAAUGAAGAUCCAGAUAAGGACAUCACAAUGUACAUCAAUUCUCCUGGUGGAUCUGUUUCAGCUGGAUUGGCAAUUUACGAUACCAUGCAAUUCAUUCCAUGUGAUAUUCAAACUGUCUGUUUCGGUAUGGCCGCUAGUAUGGGAGCCUUCCUUUUGGGUGCAGGAACGAAGGGAAAGAGAAAGUCGCUACCAAAUGCUCGUAUCAUGAUCCACCAACCUUUGGGAGGUGCUCAAGGUGCAGCCGCCGAUAUUGAGAUCCAGGCCAAGGAAAUUCUGUUCACCAAAGCUAGUUUGAACAAGUUCAUGGCCGACUAUACUGAUCAACCAGUUGAGAAGAUUGCUGCUGACACUGACCGUGAUUUCUUCAUGACCCCAUACGAGGCCUUGGACUAUGGUUUGAUUGAUGAGGUCAUUAAAACAAAGACAAGCCACAUCCCUCUUCCGGCAAUGCCUAGCUUGCGAGGAUAA